AUGGGUUCAUUCAACCAAAGUGACACUGAAAAACGGAAGUUGUGCGAUGAAUUGGAUCGUGCGUUAGAUGACAAUUCGGAGUUGUAUCGCAAAGUGUUCAAUGCCGAAACAUUAAAGGAUGCCAUCUUGACCGAGCUGGAUAAAUUUGUCCACGCUUUCAGCUUAUUCAAGUCUUCUGUUGCUGAUCAACUCGAGCGCGACCAGAACGUCGACUUGAAACAGUUUAUCGAAUCGAUUGAUCAGAUCCUAACAACGAUCAACUCUCUUCGUAGUUCGGACCAAUCAGAGCUGGUUCAAGCCAAAUUGGACGAAGCUUAUGAACAGUGCAAACUAACGGCGGAAUCCUCAGAACUGGAUCCCCCAACGGAUGUUUCCCGCGAAGCGGAUGGGGAUGCUCAUUCAUCGUUGAUAAAAUCGGAAUGUGAGAAUGAAACGGUGGAUACUAGUCAAACCAUAGAUCGUCGCGGGUGUGAAUUGCGUGCUCGUCGUCUGGCGUGUAAGAGACGCAUGGAGUCCCUUGAGGCCAAUUUGAACCACAAAAAUCAAAUACUAAUCAGCUUGGAGAGCGCGACAGGAGAUGAAUCAUAUUUAUCCCUUCUCAAACAAUACGAGUCCCAGGUACGCGAGUUGGAAGUGCGAAUCGCCGAACAGGAGAAGGAGCGUUCCCGUUUGAUGGCUGAGCACGAGGCAGCCGGAAACAGGUGA